GUUUGUGCGUGCCUCUCAUAUGUAACAUUCAUUUAAAAUGCAAUUCUUGAUAAGUGUAUGUUGUUAAAGUAUUUGUGGAUAUGUAUGUAAUGACGCGGCUCGUGCAAGGGGCAGAGCCGCGCAUAAACUGAUCAUUUGGUCGCACCAGUGAAAGCGGUCAGGGCCAAAGACAAAGCGCGCUGAAGAAGACACAGGCAAAGCCCAAGCCUCCGCCUGUCUAAGACACCCGCGAGAAAGUGAGACAGAGAGACACGCAUCAGUUUAGUGCGCGCUCUCGGGUUAACGUGCACAAAGCACAAACUUUACUCUCUCUCUUCCUUUUUUAAAAACAAAAUAAGCACAGUCUUACUUAAAAAUGUGGAUAAAACAACAGAUUUAGAUUUCCCUGUCUUAAUAGUUAUACACAAACACAUUUAAAUGAAUCCCCUUACAUAACAUUUUUUUUUCAAAUAAAAAACACACUGAACAAAUCCUUACAAUGACACAAUGAAUAAAUAAAUAGAAUGAUGUCUAAUGCACAAGCACUGCUAUGCCCCCAUGGCCACAUCUUUUUUUUUGAUGCUGGGGGGGAGGUGAGAGGAGAGCAGAAGCUGAACAGCGUUAACAUGCAUUGCCUUUACAUCCACAUCCUUGGCAUCAGCUGGAAUGAUAAAUUGCCCAAUGGCCAGGUUCUGGCCCACGCUAACCUUUGUACAUUCUGCUCAGACAAUACAGACUACGCUUGCUUGUCCCUAUGCACUAUACAGAAGAUGGCCGGAUUGCCAAGGACAUUUUCUUUUGUUGAGCUGGCUUUCUGGAAAAAGACCCCAAGGUUGCCCCCACUGCAGUACAAAUAUGCCUGCAAGCACUACAUAAAAGCUCUUGACAUUACGACAGAAAACUGGAAAGAAACCAACAAGGCCUAACAAAAAAGGCCUACAUUCUGUCCAUCAUCAUACCAUGGAAAUUUAUCCUUUUCAUAAGUUGAGCUGCCUGAAUUCAAUCUCUGACUUUUUAUAUUUUGUAUGCAACUGUUGUUGAAUAUUUUUGUCUACCCCAAUUUUUAGCAGUCAUUCCACGUUGCUCCACAGAGAUCUUUUUGUAGCCAUAGUUGUUCGUGUACAUAGAGGGAGUAUGGAUAGUCGGUUUAAAAGUAGACUCAAGACGCAUCUCUUUAAUCUGGCAUAUGCGUAACUCAUCCCAUAACUUCAUACUUCAGUACAUCUAUCCUGAAUGGCAACUACGCUAAUUCUCUCCAUCUGUUUUGUACUUUUCUACCCAUCCUGAGGCAUCUGGAGAUUGUACCAGCUUCAGUAGACAAAGGCCAACCCUGCGAGGUUCCUGAGGCAUCCAGAGAAGGACCAGCUCCAGCUGGAUUCUGCCUUAUUAUGGUUGGAGCUACACAUCCUGCUCCUGUGCUCCCAGUGAUCCAGACCCCAUCUGCCCUCUGCACCUACUGACUCAUCCCUUUGCUUGCUGAUUUCACUUCUACCAGUAACACAUGCUCAUGUGAGUCCUAAAGCUGUAGUGUUCAUAGAACCUCAUUCACAUGUCUACAAAGAAGACCUAGUUAUCCUCAGAUGUGACAUACAGGAAGAAGGAGAUGCUAAGUGGACAUACAGCUGGUAUAAGGACAAUAAGAUUAUCCCCCGUAAUAUAUUCCAUGAAUUGUUAGAAGACGACACAAUGCAGAAGUACAUCAUAUUUUCUGCUGAUGACUCUGACAGUGGAUACUACACAUGCAGAGGGCAGAUAAAUGACUCUCAGACCUCAGUGAUCAGUGAUGUUGUUACACUGACUGUAUCAGAGAAACCACUGCCAGUAGUGAGUGUAUCUACACAGAGCUGGCUAAAUGAGGCAGACUCAGUGAUUCUAAGAUGUGAAAUUACAGACUUCCAUACUGACUGGAUAUUCAGCUGGCACAGAAAUUAUGAAGAAAUCAGAGACAGUCAUGGAGAGAUCAUGUAUGGAGACUCCUACACUAUCAGUCAUACCACUCAUAAUCACACAGGAGUUUAUUUCUGCAGAGCAGAAAGAGAAAAAUCAUCUAUGAGAUUUACAGCCAAUCAGCAGCCACUAUGGAUCACUAGUGAAUCUCCUCCAGUCACUAUAAUCAUCAAUCCCAACAGAACUCAACAUUUUACUAAUGACUAUCUCUCACUGAGCUGUGAGGACCAGAGUCACUCUACUGGAUGGACAGUGAGACGAUUCACCCACAGUGGAGUGUUCAAUUUUUCAUUGUGGGAAUCACAUACAUAUUUAUUAGAUUUUAUAUGGUGGCAAGUAAUCUCGGGAUCUACAUAUGAAACCAGCUCCCUCUCCACAUCCCACACUGGAGUUUACUGGUGUGAGUCUGAAUCUGGAGGAAACAGUAAUCCUGUCAACAUCACAGUGCAUGAUGGUGAUGUGAUCCUGGAGAGUCCUGUCCAUCCUGUGACUGAGGGACAUCCUCUGACUCUACGCUGUUUACAUCGCAACACAAAGUCCUCAACCCUCCAAGCUGAUUUCUAUAAAGAUGGGUUAGUUCUCCAGACACAGACUACAGGAGAGAUGAUCAUCCAUAAGGUCUCAAAGUCAGAUGAAGGUUUCUACCACUGUAAACACCCAGAGAGAGGAGAAUCACCGAAAAGCUGGGUCUCAGUCAGAGGUUUAGGUUCAUUGGCUGUUGAAGAUUUACCUGGUGUUAAAGGUUCAUCACAUAUAUUAAGUGUGUCAGAGCUUGAAGAGCCAAAAGGUGUAAAAGGUUUAGAUGCUGGAUCACGUGUAGAAGCUCCAUUGUCAGUGCUCAUGCUUAUCAGUAGUGUUGUGACGGCCUCUCCAUAUCUGGUGGUGACCAUCAUUCUGCUGCUCAAAUGUUACAGAGCUCGGGCUCACACUGAUGGAGAACAAAUUGAGAAUGCAGUCACAGAGGACUGAGUGAAGUUCAUCAAUAAAAAGAAAAUGCAUUUACCGUAGAAAUCAUUUCAUAUUUUAAUUUUGUGUUCAACAUAUUUUUUUAGAUAAAUAAUGGUGAUUUUUCAAUUUAGUAUCAUGUUGUUAGUAGUACAGUAUAUUUUCAUCUGCCUGCAUUUGUUUAGCUAAAGCCUGCAAACCUUCUCAUGAUUUAAAAGAUAACAUGUAUAUUGUCAGAAAAAAAGGUUAUACAGUAUGUUGCUAGUGCUAACUGCUAAAUAAAUAAAAAUUAACAGAAUAAAUAUUAUAAAAAUUGAUAGUUAGGAAAAGUAGUUAAUAGUGGUGUGUUUUGGAGAUAAAGCUAUGUUUCUAAAAGCGGAUAACCAAAUUAAAAUGUACAGUAUAUGGGUAAACAACUGAAUCUGGUUGUAGUGAUGUAAGAAGUACAGGUAAUAUAAUGAGAAAACUAACAUGAUGCUUUUUAAUUAACAGUAUGAUUUAUUAUGUUGUAUUGUUCAAAAGAUAAUAAUAAAAUUAAUUUAAAGAUAA